AUGUCUGAACCCGGCUACCAUGCAGAAAACCACCCAAGGCACGUCGAUCGCAAAGCCCUGUACACCGAUCUAGAGGCACGGAUCGAUUAUUUGCAGAAAUUCCUUGACUUUAAUGCCGACGAUGUCGCAACUCUCGUCCGGGGCGCCAAAUAUGUCAAGGCCCUGGCUCCUACUGUGGUGGACAAGGUGUAUAUGAAACUUCUAGAGUUUGAUAUCACGGCGCGUGUCUUCCGCACUCGGAACACUGCGGUAGAAGAAGAACCAGACGACUAUCCUACCCUCAAUAGCCCGGCAGUUCAGCGUCGCCGUCAGUUUCUCCGCUGGUAUAUGACGAAAUUAUGUUCCGAUCCAACCAAGCCUGAAUUCUGGAGAUACUUGAACCAAGUCGGACGCAUGCACUAUGGGAAGGAACGGCUACACUCGUUGAAUGUCGAGUACAUCCAUAUCGGCGCCUGCCUUGGCUUCAUCCAAGACAUCGUCAUGGAGGCAGUUCUGACAUACGAAAAGCUCACGCUGCCGUUCCGGAUAGCGCUAGUCCGAGCUCUGGGCAAGGUGAUAUGGAUUCAGAACGAUCUCUUUGCGCGGUGGCGUCUUCAUGACGGGGAAGAGUUCGAAGAAGAGAUUGAGUCGUCGCAUAAGCAACAAGAAGCUGCUCCUCAAGUCACACCUAAGCCCAGCUCGACAUACUUGCGAACCGAUGGAUCGUCUUGCGUGAAGACCUCGACAGCCAGCUCGACGUCCUCUUCCGAAUUUGCCAGUCUCUUUUCGGAAACGUCAUCGCUCGAGACCACUCCAUCUCCACCCACCAUUUCAGCCCCCACGCAAUAUGCGCAACGGUCGGCGUGUCCGUUCUCUAACGGCCCCAAGCAAGGCGUCGAGACCAAGGUCUGGUCUAGCGCGUGGAAUUCCGGAUCCGUCGGAUCUGGAGGCACUCGACGCUAG